UAUAUAGGGUUCAGUGUCAACCUCGGUUUCAGGCAACCACUGGGGGUCUUGGAAUGCAUCCACUGCAGAUAAUGGCGAAUUUCCAUACUUCACUUACCCUUGUGUCUCCCUUCAGGAAGGAUCUAGGAAUGCCCCAUGGAAAACUACACUCAAACAUCAACUGAUUUCAUCUUAUUGGGGUUGUUCCCACCAUCAAGAAUUGGCCUUUUCCUCUUCAUUCUCAUUGUUCUCAUUUUCCUAAUGGCUCUAAUUGGAAACCUAGCCAUGAUUCUUCUCAUCUUCUUGGACGCCCAUCUCCACACACCCAUGUAUUUCCUUCUUAGUCAGCUCUCGUUCAUUGACCUAAAUUACAUCUCCACCAUUGUUCCUAAGAUGGCAUCUGAUUUUCUGUAUGGAAACAAGUCUAUCUCCUUCAUUGGGUGUGGGAUUCAGAACUUCUUCUUCUUGGCGUUAGGAGGCGCCGAAGCGCUACUUUUGGCCUCUAUGGCCUACGAUCGUUACAUUGCUAUUUGCUUUCCUCUCCACUAUCUCAUCCACAUGAGCAAAAGAGUGUGUGUGCUGCUGAUAACUGGAUCUUGGCUCAUAGGCUCUAUCAAUGCUUGUGCUCACACUGUGUAUAUAUUCCAUAUCCCUUAUUGUCAAUCCAGAGCCAUCAAUCACUUCUUCUGUGAUGUCCCAGCCAUGGUGACUCUGGCCUGCAUGGACACCUGGGUCUAUGAGGGCACAGUGUUUUUGAGCGCUGCCAUCUUUCUCGUGUUUCCCUUCAUUGGUAUUGCAUGCUCCUAUGGCCGGGUUCUCCUUGCUGUCUACCACAUGCACUCUGCAGAGGGAAGGAAGAAGGCCUAUAUGACCUGCAGCUCCCACCUCACUGUAGUAACUUUCUACUAUGUGCCUUUUCUCUACACCUAUCUACGUCCAAGAUCCCUGCGAUCUCCAACAGAGGACAAGGCUCUGGCUGUCUUCUACACCAUCCUCACUCCAGUGCUCAAUCCCAUCAUCUACAGCCUGAGAAACAAGGAGGUGAUGGGGGCCCUGAUACGAGCGAAUCGGAGAAUCUGCUCAGUGAAAAUGUAGAAACACUCUUUGCCUAAGUUCGCAGAACUCAGAUAUGUGUCCAUUCAGCAGUAUAUAGUAAUUAAAAUAUUAUUUCACACCUAGAGUACAGGAGUAAAAUUAACCAAGGGAAGAACAAAAUCACUGAUGUCUGCAAAAAAAUAGUUUAACAAAUAUAUAUACAAUUCUAAACAACCUUUCUGCUUCAUGACAUUUUUUCCAUGAAUUUUGAAAGCACCUACUUUUACUAAUACGCUGUCAAUGAGAAUGAUUGUUUAGUCGUUUUGGUCAUGCAGAAAUGGAAAUGAAAUUUGUCUAACUGAUGUUAGUACUCAGCAUAACAAUUUUAUUACUGUCACUUUAUUUGCCUGUCAUUUUAAAUUUACUUUUUUGUUUAUGUUGAAAACAAAAAAGGUUUCUUGACUUGAUGAAUCUAAUUGAAAGCUGUAAGAUGCCUUGUCUUUCUUAUAUUAGACACGUAAUGUACCAGUUACUCUUUCUUUUGAUUUAGGGAACUCAUUAUUACAGGGAUUUAGCAGAGGAAUCAUCAGGGAUUCUUAAGUCCUGAUACUCCUCUAGAUGGCCUGUACCAAGUUUAUGUUUUUUAAUAAGGGAAUGAAUCCCAGGAAAUAAUUUAACAUCAGGCGUAUUUUAGAUCAACAAUAAGAAUUGAAAUAUUUCAGCAGUAAUAAAAAUGAUUACAUGUAGGUCUUUAACCUGUUUUUGAGUUGAUUUUGGUAUAGUGUUAGAAUUAGCAGUUUACUUUCAUUUUUCUGCUGGUAAUUAUCCAGCUUUCCCAGCACCAUAUAUUGGAGACACAGUCUUUUUCUCAGUGAAUGUUCUUGGCACUGUUGUCAAGUAUCAGUUGACUCCAGGCACAGAAAGAUUUUGCAUGUUCUCAUCUCCUAUGUGAGAGCUAAAAUUUUUAAAAAUGGAACUAGGGGAAAUAGAGAAUAGACUGAUGGUCACCAGAGGGUGGGAAAGGUAUAGGGGAUGGUUGAUAAAGUGGGGGUGGUUAAUAUCUGCAAAAACAUAAUUAGGUAGAAUGAAUAAGAGCCAGUAUUUGGUAGCACAAUAGAGUGACUAUAGUAAACAAUAAUUUAUUGUAUAUAUUAGAGAAUAACUAAAAGUGUGGAAUUGGAAUGUUCUCAACACAAAGAAAUAAUACAUAUUUGAGGUGAUGGUUAUCCCAGUUACCCUGAUUUGAUCAUCACACACUGUCUGCUUUUCCCAAAACAUCACAUGGACUCCAUAAUGAUACAUUACUAUUAUGUAUCCAUAGAAAUUAAAAAUAAAAUAAUUAACUCAGCAGGAGAUAUGUGGAUAUAUUUCUGGGUUCUCUGGCCUGUCUCAUUGUUCUCCGUGUCUGUUUUUAUUCCAGUGUCAUUCUCUUUUAGUUAUUACAUGUUUGUGGUGUAGUUUGUGGUUUGGUAUUGUUAUGCCUCCAGCUUUGUCCUUUUCGUUCAGGACUGCUUUGACUAUUUGGGUCUCAUAGUUCCAUACAAAUCUUAGAAUUAUAUUUACUAUUUAUGUGCAGAAUGUCAUUGGUAUUUUGACAGAUACUGCAUCAAAUGAGUAGCUUUAUCAUUUAAAUAAUAUUAAUUCUUCCCAUCCACGAGCACUGGAUGUCUUUCCAUUUGUCCUCUUCAUUUUCUUUCACUGUAUUUUGUACAAAUAAGUUCUAGUGUCCUCUUUCAUAACUACAGUUAACAGUAAAGUAUUACAUAGUUAAAAUUCUUUUAAUGCUCUUUAAAUGUCAUUUCUAUUUCUAAGUCUGUGGAUAUUUGUUUUGCAAUGUUGUAGCCAUUAAGACAUAAAUUUUGAACUUGUUUUAUGAA